AUGGUCGUCACCCGCAGUGGCCGUCACAUCGACUCUACCAAGCCACCGCCAGCACCAACCGAGCGAGACGCAUCCCCCGACACCAUCGACGCUGAGGUUGUGUUGUCUUCCUUCGUCAAACACCACCGCCGCCCCGCUCCGCCUCCCUCGAGUAAGAGUCAGCCGCAGCAAGCACAACGAACGCAUACCGAUCUCUCGAAGCCAUCGGGGAGGCGUCGUGAGGAGCUCAAGGAAUGCACAGUGUGUUUCGAGAUGCUGGGAACUACAACCGCACGGGAACUGGUAUGCAUGGAAUGCGGGUUCGUCGUGCACCAAGUGUGUCAAGAUCGAUGGAUUGCGAGGAGGAUCGCAGACAACAACAAGCCGACCUGCAUCAAUUGCAAUCAAGAGUGGAAGGGCGGGAAGGAGGUCAUUGUGUUGGAUUGA